AUGACGCCCACGAAGACCACAAAAACUGAAGUAGAAAUGGUGAUACGGAAUAGAAAAACUGUUAUGAAAGACGGGAUUAUGACAAUGUCUGGCAUCGGUGAGCCCUCCGUGUUCCACGCUUUAGUCGUGAUAUUCCUGGAGUUUUUCGCGUGGGGACUGCUCACGAUGCCGAUCAUAUCGGUGCUGAAUGUAACGUUCCCGGAUCACACGUUCCUGAUGAACGGCUUAAUAAUGGGCAUCAAGGGCAUCCUGUCGUUCCUGUCUGCGCCGCUGAUCGGCGCGCUCUCUGACGUGUGGGGUCGUAAGUUCUUCCUACUAGUGACGGUGUUCUUUACGUGUGCGCCUAUACCGCUGAUGACCAUCAACACAUGGUGGUUCUUCGCAAUGAUCAGCAUCAGUGGAGUGUUCGCCGUGACGUUUUCAAUCGUAUUCGCCUAUGUGGCGGACGUGACUACCGAGGCGGAGCGCUCGCGCGCCUACGGCCUUGUGUCUGCUACCUUUGCCGCCAGCAUGGUCAUCUCUCCUGCCCUGGGCGCCUACCUGAUGGAUUUGUAUGGAGAGUCACUCGUAGUAGCCGCUGCCACUGCUGUCGCAAUUCUGGAUGUUUUCUUCAUAAUGGUCGCUGUACCUGAAAGCCUCCCAGAGAAGGUCAGACCCAGUGGCUGGGGUCCCGCUAUAAGCUGGGAGCAAGCAGACCCAUUUGCAGCAUUACGGAAAGUUGGUGCGGAACGUACAGUGCUAAUGUUGUGUGUGGCCGUGUUCCUCUCAUACUUGCCCGAGGCCGGACAGUAUUCGUGCAUAUUUGUGUACUUGAAGUUAGUGAUGGGCUUUGGUGUAGUCCAAGUGGCAAUAUUUAUUGCAAUCGUAGGAGUGCUCAGUAUUGGUGUACAAGUGGUUCUUGGAUUCUUAAUGAGAUCGCUUGGAGCGAAGCAUACUAUUAUGGUUGGACUAGUGUUUGAGAUGCUUCAACUCAUGUGGUACGGCUUUGGCAGUCGUACAUGGAUGAUGUGGGCUGCGGGGGUGCUGGCUGCACUUGGUUCUGUCACAUAUCCUGCAAUCAGUGCAUAUGUGUCCGUGAACAGCCGGGCAGACCGACAAGGAGUGGUGCAGGGCAUGGUGACGGGUGUCCGCGGUCUAUGCAAUGGACUGGGCCCUGCCAUGUUCGGUGUGAUCUUCUACUUGUUCCACGUGGACCUGAACGAGGAGCACGCAGUGCCGGGCAAGCCGAGCGAGGAGAAAUACGUGCGCAUGGUGCCGGGCCCACCGUUCGUGCUUGGCGCGCUGCUCGUGAUCUGCGCGCUGCUGGUGGCGGCCUUCCUGCCCGAGGAUGGUGCGACAGGCCGACGCGCGCCGCCCGACCUGCGCUUCGAGCUGGAGCGCGGGCGGCGCGUGGCAGGCCCUCUGUCUCCGUUGAUGGCGCCCGAGUCUGCCGCGCUCUAG